UAUCGCUUUUUUUUUUUUCUCUUGUUGUUGUGUUUUUGGGUGUUGUUUUUUUGUUGGUUUUUUUUUUUUUUUCUGCCCCUCCAUCUUUUUUUCCCUCCCUUCUUCUUCUCAACCACCCACUCCCCGACCCCCCUUGAAAAAGCAAAAUCCGACUGUGUUUCCUGCAAGGCUCGGGAUUUCUGAUUGCGGUUAUUUCCAUGUUUCUAGGUUUGUGUGAUUUUGCUAAAAUGCAUCACCAACAGCGAAUGGCUGCCUUAGGGACGGACAAAGAACUGAGUGAUUUACUGGAUUUCAGUGCGAUGUUUUCACCUCCUGUGAGCAGCGGGAAAAAUGGACCAACUUCCUUGGCAAGUGGACAUUUUACUGGCUCAAAUGUAGAAGACAGAACUAGCUCAGGGUCCUGGGGGAAUGCAGGACAUCCGAGCCCAUCCCGGAACUAUGGAGAUGGGACUCACUAUGACCACAUGGCGAGCAGAGACCUCGGCUCACAUGACAAUCUCUCUCCUCCCUUUGUCAAUUCCAGAAUACAAAGUAAGAACGUGGAAUUUCCUCCCUGAUUGGGGUGGGGGAAGUGGGAUCAACGGACUAGGAAUAAAAUCCGGGGGCCUUCAAGCAUCCUCGUUUUUAGGGCUUGGCGUGAGGGUGGGAACAGGGAUUUGUUUCAAUUUUUAAUUUUUUUAUGGUGUGACAAGUGUGCUGUGAUGAUAUUUAGUGUUUUAUCCCCAUUUAACCUAUAUUUUAUCUUUGUUUUGUAUCUAUAACUGUGUUUUCGUGCUGGAUUCGUGAUGCAAAAUCAGUUUGGCUUUUUCCUUGCACACACUUGGAAUGGGAUUUUGUAAGCAGGAAAAGCUGUUGAAAUCCUAACAAAUAAAUCCUGAAGGGAGCAGAGAAACAGAAGGUGGGGGACCCUGGGAACGUUGUUUGGAGUGGGAGGGAGGUGUCCAAGGAACUCAGGGCUGGGUGACACCGUGGGGGUCGGCCAGCGGCCGCGUCGAUGAUCCUGGAGAUCUUUCCAACUGGAAUGAUCCCGGGAUUCUGUGCUGGAGGCUUAUGAGGGAGCCAUUGCUCCCUUCUUUAAUUCAGGUUGAUUGAUGACUUUGAUUAAAGUCAAUAAAUGAUGUCAAAAUCCCGGUCGUGCUCGGGCUGGGCCGGGAUCCACGAGCGAAGCAAACGCUUCCCUCCACAGCCUCGAGGCCGCUCCAAGCCAAACACGGAGCGGGCUGGGGCUGCCAUGCAUCAUUCCACAGCUCCGUGCACAUCCCUCGUCCCCGGGCACUGGGAAAGAGCUGGGAGCUCUUGGAGCUUGCAGCCGUCCGUCCGGGUUCCCGGCCAACGCGCGCUUACCGCAGUUUGGGAAAGCUUGGGAGAAGCCAAGGAAAGCAUGGAAAUUCCAGCACUCCCUGCUGCACUCACGGCACGGGGCUGGCUGGGCCAGGGAACAGCGCGGCUGCCUGCGGGUGUCUGUCUGUCCCUCCUCUGCUCUCCAGAAAAUCUGUGUGAAGGAAACACUCUUUUCCCUGGCUGUCAGAAAUGAAAACACAGCUGGAGGCACCUGGGCAAGGCAGUAACAAAGCAGGGUUCCAAAGUUCCUGAGAGGAAUUUGGGGAGUGCCUGACGUUCCUGCAAGGUCUCGCUCCACGGCCUCGGAGGGCUUUUCCAGCUGGGGCUCCCCGUGGAUGUGGGAUGGCAGCACCAGCCAGGGCCUGGGCUGGGAGAUCAUGGUGCCGUGUGGGAAUGGCAACGGCAGAGGCAGUGGGCAUGGGAAUGGCAAUGGGAAUGGCAGUGGCACUGGCAAUGGGAAUGGGAAUGGCAGUGGCAGUGG